UGCUGUGAAGGCAUCUAUCGUCGAAUUGGGUAUUUAUUCGCGUCCCUGUGAUAGGAAACGAGCAUCAUUUUCGCCCCUUCCACCUCCUCUAGCCGAUCGAAGCCUUAUCGCGGGAUCUCUAUCUUGGUUUAUGAGCAGCUCGAAGGAGAAACCCACUCUAGGCGGUACGCGGAUAAAGACCCGCAAACGGAAUAUAGCCGCUCCUUUGGACCCUGCAGCUUUUGCAGAUGCAGUGGUCCUGAUAUAUCUGGAAAAUGCUGGUGAUCUGGAACUUGUUGUAAAAAACGUUGAGGCUUCAGAUCUUAACUUCUCAAGAUAUGGUGACACAUUUUUUGAGGUUGUCUUCACUGGUGGUCGGACACAACCAGGUACAAUAAAACCUGAUGAGGGCGAGAGGCACCCUUAUUCAGUUCUAGAUUGCCAGCCUAAACGUGAAGCCAUCUUGCCUUCAGUUCUAUACAUUCAGAAAAUUUUGAGGAGAAAGCCCUUUUUGAUCAAAAACCUCGAAAAUGUUAUGCAAAAGUUCCUUCAAUCCUUGGAGCUUUUCGAGGAGAAUGAAAGACAGAAACUUGCCAUAUUUACAGCCCUUGCAUUUUCUCAGAAGUUAUCAGGCCUCCAGCCUGAGACUGUCUUCCAAUCAUUGCUCAAGGACAAUCUUGUUGCCAAGGGAAUAGUGCUCUCCUUUGUUACAGUUUUCUUCAAGGAAUAUUUGGUCGAAAACAGUUUGGAUGAUCUUAUAUUGCUUUUGAAGAGAGGUAAAAUGGACGAUAAACUCCUUGAUUGUUUUCCCAUUGCCAGGCGCUCUGCAGAAUGCUUUUCCGAGCAUUUCACUAAAGAAGGACUAUUAGCUCUGGUUGAGUAUAACGAGAAGAAAAUAUUUGAAGUGAAACUGAAGGAAAUGAAAACAGCACUGACAACCCAGAUUGCUGAAGAAACUGAUAUCUCCGAAGUUAUACAAACUGCAAAACAGCAUGUCAAAGAUGCCAAUUUACCUGAUAUUGAAGUUGUACGUAUCUUGUGGGAUAUGCUAAUGGAUGCUGUUCAAUGGUCUAGUAAAAACCAGCAACAGAAUGCAAAUUCUGUGCUUCGUCAGGUGAAGACAUGGUCCGGACUUCUGAAUGCCUUUUGUACUAGUGGGAAGCUGGAACUAGAAUUGAUGUACAAAGUCCAGAUCCAGUGCUACGAGGAUGCCAAACUGAUGAAGUUAUUCCCUGACAUUAUCAGGUCCCUUUAUGAGCAGGACGUGCUCGCCGAAGAUUCCAUUCUCCUUUGGUUCCGAAAGGGUUCAAACCCAAAGGGCAGGCAAACUUUUGUUAAAGCCCUGGAGUCAUUUGUGAACUGGCUUGAGGAAGCUGAAGAGGAAGAAUGAUUAAUAGUGAUUGCUUGGAACAGACUAAUAGUAGUUUAUGGGCACUUCACAGUUUCAUUACUCCUUUCAUCUGCUUGCCAUACUAUUAUCCUUAAAACACUAUCUACUACAUGUUCUGUAAUUUAUAAAACCUAUAUUUUUUAAGCGAAACUAUCUGAAUUAAUGUCUCAUCAGAUUUCUUAAAGGCUAAAAAUGCUUUCGACUGUU